GAGCGAGCGAAGCGAUCGUCGACACAUUCGAAUUAUCAGCGCACCAAACGUAUUAAUGAAAUUCCACUAAAUUAAAUUUAAUACACGUACGGAAAAAGUGAAGUAAGAAAAAAAUUCAGAAAAUAUAUUUUGAAAGGGAAAAAAUAUCAUCGAAUCGAUUACACGACGACCGACGACGAAAUAAAUCAUUUCUGCCAACAAUUUAACGAAUUGGCCAUUUCCACGGCAAAUGAGAGAGAAAAAAAAGAGUGUGCGAGAAAAAAACGAAAGAAAAAUCAACAGUAUGGAACAUUAUUGAAUCUAUAAACGAGCGUUGUUGGAGCAGUUGUUGCACUGAUUAAAUAUUAUCCUCGAGAAAAACUAGUCGAACAUUAAUCUAGCUGAAGAAAAAUAAAUUGUCUGAAGUUGUUUCUCGACGAUAAAACCAAAAGUGAUUUCAUAAAUACACAUAUGCUUUUAUUUUGGACAAAGACGUCAGAACGAGAUCCGAAUACAUACCGCAAUUAACAAAUGCUGUACAAUUCAUAUUGAAACACAAACAGAUGUUUAUUUGCAAACACCAAAGUGGUUGUCAAACAAAAAGUUUAAGGCAAAAAUAAAUCAUCAUUUUGACUGUUGUUUCUCAUCAGUAUGUUUUUUGUUGCGUGAACGAAACACACACACGUAUACAUUAUUAAUCUAAAAACUAAACGAAUUCAACUGCAAAAAAUAAACAUAAAACCAAACGAAACAAAAAAAAAUAAAUCGCAAUAUAUUGAAGGAGUAUCAAAAUCAACGUACUAGUACACAUACCCACAUACACGGACGCGUAUAACGAAAUUCAUAUAAAAAUCUAAUUUCUAAUUUAUUGAUAUGAUCACUGCUAGUGUUAGUGCGGCUAUUCUGUGAUAUUACGUAAACAAUCAACGAUGGACUUAGUUGUACCAACCGAAUUGGAGGAGUUAAUUUCGUGCUCAUAUUGUCAUCAACCGUUCAAUGAAACGGACUCACUGCCCAAGUUUCUGUCAUGUCGUCAUCAUUUCUGUUUGAAAUGCGUCAACGCGAUUGUACAGAAGAGAGGCGAGCUAUUCUGUGUACAUUGUUGGAAGACAACCGAAUCGCCAACUCCUGAUAUAAAACCAGAAAAUUUACCAACCAACACGGCCGUACUGUAUUUAACACAAAAUCUCAGUAUGUUGAACAUGAAGCCAAAAGCGCCCGACAAACAAUCCGUGUCCCAAUCGCAAUCCCAACAACAAUUGACGCCGCCACCGAAUAGUUUACAAUCGAAUAACAUUAUCAAAAAAGGUGAAAAUUGUCAUACACAUGCAAUGCCGAAUUCGUUAUGGUGCUUAAAAUGCCAUACAACGAUUUGUCGAGCGUGCGCUGGCGGUGACGAGCAUCGCAAUCAUACGGUCAAAUCGCAUAACGAAGCCAAAGAAACGAUGCGUAGCGAAAUUGCCAACGAAUUAAUGUCAAUGCAAAAAACAUUGGUCGAGGUACAGCAUUUGGUAUUAAAACAACGCGAUUUCCUAUUGAAAAUAUUAGAGGCGAGCACCUCGUUGAAAACUCAAAUCGAAACUGAGCUUAUCAAUCAUAUUCCUACACUUGAAAUCGCCGAGAUGCGUGAAAGUUUGGGCAAAGCAAAGCUAUGCAUGAGCAUGCUGGAUCAACAAUCACCAUCCGAUGCAUACAAAUUGUAUUCGACGAUGCAUUUGGAGAAGCAACGUCUCCAAUCAAAAUACCAAGAAUUGUAUUUACAGUGCAAAUUGGACGAUGUGAUACGACAGUAUGGAUCACUGUUCGAUUUUGAUUUAAUCAAACAAGCAUUGGCUGGACUUCAGUCAAACGGCGAUUCAAUGAAUGCAUUGGCAAGCAAUGGAUUGGCUCACAAUAAUUCAAUUUUAUUGUUGGCAAACUACUGCAUAUCGCAGCUUUACUCACGUCACGUGCUAACAAACAAACACGUUCAAAUGAUGAAUAAUGGCGGCGCAAGCAACGGAAAUUACAGCAUAUCACCACAACUGUUGAACAAUUCAUCACAAGAGCACAAAACAUUUGCCGAAAUAGCCGGCUCACCAAAACCGGUCAGCAAUUUUUCGGGUCAUUUGCCUGAUGCAAUUGGAUCUCAUCCGUCGCCAAACACCCAACAACAAUCGUCGCAACAAAAUCAAGCGCCGGGCAGUGGUUCUUUGCGACACACACCGUCAUCGUAUCUCUCGGAUAUGAAUGGCAUAUCGGUGCCGAUGACAAUGAUUCAACAUUUACAACAUUCAUCACAGCAACAAUUGACCGUUGGCUCGAGUCUUGGACAGUCGCCGCAGGCCGCUUCGUUGAUCUGUAAUCCAUCAGUGCAAUAUCCAAUUUAUUAUUUUAAUAUUGAGAUCAAUGGAUCGCCGUGCGGACGUAUUUUGAUUGAAGUGCGUAGUGAUGUUGCGCCGAAAAUGGCGAAAAAUUUUAGUGCGCUCGCUUUGGGCGAACUGGGUUUCGGCUACAAGGGCUGUCAAAUAUUCCAAUGUUGGGAAAAUGAAAGUAUUAUAACUGGUGAUUUUGAGUUAAAUAAUGGUCGUGGCGGACGUUCGGUAUUUGAGGAGGCUUAUUUCAUGCCAGACGAUACAAAAAUUAUGGCAAUUCGCGGUUCGGUUGGCAUGCGUCGCAGCCAAAAGCGACACGAUAACAUGGGCUUGGUUGGAUCACAGUUUCGCAUUAUUCUACGUGAGAUGCGCGGCUUUACGGGUAUUUUUGGAUAUGUCGUCGAAGGUUUGGAACUGGUCGAAAAGAUUAGUCAAACGGGCGAUACUGCCGGCAAACCAAAAAGUAAUGUGAUAAUCAGCAGCUGUGGUAAAUUUCAGUAGAUUUACUAGAAUGCAUUGAAAUGUGUAUUUACAUGAGAAUUAGAUUCGAAAAAAUCAAGCUCCGAACUCUUGACAUCCACAUCCAUAUAUAUACACACACAAAAAUCAACGGUCACGUGUACGUCGCUAUAGUGAUAUAUUUAAAAUCAAAACAAAUUUACGGAUUCGAUGAAAACAAAAAAAAAAACUGAACAUUAUUUGAACAUUUAACAAUCUAAUGAGAGUUACAUUUAAAACAUAAAACCAAACAAAGAAUACAAAAAAAAAAAACACAGAGCAUACAUACAGUUAUCGAGCGGUAGGCUAAUUAAGUAAAUAUGAUUUAUAUUUAACAAACACUUUAAUCAAAGUAAUCAUGAAUUGAUGUUUUACGUUAGAUUUAUCCCUCUAUUUGACGAUUUGCAAAGUGCGCGUGAUAAAAGCACGUUUAAUGUAUUAAACUUUACCGGGCUUUAAUUCGAAAUUUGCGGUGUAAGCGAACGAAAUAUAUUUAGAUGAAAAGAGAGAUGAUUUGCAUGUAAAUACAUACGACGAAAUAUUCCAUAGAUGAGAAAUCAGAGAAUCUGAAUUGAGAGACGAACAUGCUUGUAUUUCGAAUGUGAAACGAUGUAAUAGCUUUGAUUGGAAGUUAAAAUAAAAACGAAUAGAAAACACACUGAAUAAUAAUAUAAUUAUUACGGGAACGAAUAAUAGCCAUCACACACCGACCCUCUAGAUCUAUUUAUUAACCAGACAUUUUAUGUGAUUUAGUUUUUUGUCGUUGUUUCGUAGUUUGAUGAACACUUAUUUUACGGUCGUAAUUUGCGAUUUGAGAAAUAAAUAAAUAAAUAAAUUUAAAAAAAGGCAUCACAAUUCGUGUACAACAACAAUAUAUUUAGAAUAUAAAACCAGCUGUUAUCUUUCUCUGCAUUCUAUAUGCUAGUUUGAGUUAAGAAAUUGUCUUCGUAUCAAAUGAACGGAAAACACAAAUCGUUUUAGUACAAAGGAAAAUGAUUAAUGGCGACCACGCCAAUUAUGAUAAUUGAGAGAAAAUAGAAAAUGAAGCGAAGAUCUAUCACAUGAAGCAUUUUCAGUGGAAUUAAUAUUCAAAUACAAAAUUUUGUCAUAAGCAUUUGGAUACGACGAUUCACCAAAACACAAAAACACACACAAAAAGAAAUAAUAAUAAUUCACUAAUCGUUCCUGGUUUCGUCUUCGAUUUUCAACGAACUAUAAGUAUAUAUUAAAAAAAAUGAUGAAAAACAAUUCAUAUUCUAUUUAGCAUGUAACAUGGUGAACUGAUUAAAUGAAUUCAGGUUGAUUCCCACAUAUAUAUACACACACUGCAAUUAGAUUUUUGUUUGAAAUGCAAUGUCAAACUGACACAUUCACACUGAGAGAAAGGAGGUUUUUUCGUUCAAAAAAAGAGAGAUGCAUAAUGUACACAAAACGAAAUCGAUUUACAAAUAGCAAUUAGCUUUAUUACAACAAGAAAAAAAAAGAGUGUGUAAGCACCGAGAAUGAUGAAGCCGUGUUUAAAUACGGAUAAAAACAUGUAAACAAAUAUCAAUAAAAUGUAUUCUAUUAAUUGGAUGUUUUCACGUAAAUUGCCCUACAAAACAAGGAAUAAACAAACAAAAAUAUAUAUAUAGGUUUAAGACAUAACAAAUCGAGAAUCUAAUCGAUUGGAAUUGGUGACAAAUAAAACGAGAGAGAACCAAUUCAUCAGCGCGCAUUCAGGGUGUGGUGUGUGACACAAAACCGAAUGAAAUAUAAUUUAUAAUAUCUUGGAAUUUAAUCAAUUUCACUUCGAUUCUUCUUGGUCAAUCCAUAGCUCACCCUUUACUCUCUCUCUCUCUCUCUCUCUCUCUAUCCAUGUUGGUUUUCUUUUCCCGGCGAAAAAGAGAACAUACUGUGCAAUGAAAAAAAAACAGAAACCAAAACGAACCAAAUUGAUCAUAAAAAGAACUCUAACCACCUUGCCAAUCUUGUGAUUUUAUAUAUUUUGUCAUAUUUAUAUUUAUAUUUAUUGUGAAUCUAUCCGAGCGGCAAUAAAAAAAAGCACAUGAUCUAAUUUCUCAAAAAUGGAAUAGGACAGCAAAUCACAAAAAAUGCAGUCAACUGAGAUGAACAAAAUUAUUGUCGCUUUGUUCGCAACAAAAUUCAAUCUCAGAGUAAAUUAUAAUCGUGAAAAUCGAUAAAAUGGAGACCAUAUUGCGAAAGCAAUUUUGAUGUAGAGCAAAAUAGAACAAACGGAAAAAAAGAGUAAUGAGAUACAAUCAGUGUCAGGAUAAAACGACAAAAACCACAUACAUACACACAACAAACUACUUUUAGAUGUGAAAGCCAAACACGAAAUGCCGUCAACGUUUAAUUCGUUUUAAUAUUAUAGUACAUGUUAAUAUAUUGCUCUUGUCUGCAUAUUUAUUAGAUUGUAUUAAUCGUCUCUAUGUAUACCAAAACACCCCAACCAUUCACAAAGUGAAACACAUAAACAACAACAAAAAAAAAAUUAAGAAAAACUAAACUAAUGAAAAAUAAAUAAAAUAAAUAUAUAAAUGUAAAUGUACGUCUGAAAACUCACAGAGAAAAAAAACUAUCGCAUUAAAUGUUCAGUGCGAUUCGCACGCACGAAAUAUAAAAUGAAUGAAUAAAUGUACGGACAAAAUAUGUCCUUCGUCAUUACGAGAAAAAAAAAAACACAAAAACCGUACACCAGAGACCUAAUUUCUUUUCCAUGGCGCUUUAUCAUUCGUCCAUUCAUCGCAAUUUUUCCCAUCACUAUUUUGUGUAAUAGAGGCACUUCAAGAUCCCCAUUGUUAUCGAAUUUAUCAGAAAUUAUGCAAUUUUAAUAGAAUAUCUCUGUAGCGAUCGAUCUCUUUGUCUGCCUUUCAACGUAAAAGAAAAACGUGACAACAGAAAUAAAAGCAAUUUUACUGUUCAUUUUCUCUCUGACGUGAGAACGAAUUCAUAUUAAAAUUUAUAUGUUUCUUAUGCUUUGGGUUCAUAUAUAUAUUUCUUUUUCUAUCUUUCUUCAAAUUCAAAGUAAUCUUUCGCUUUGUAAUAAAUCAUUAUGUAUGGAACGCUUUACCGGAUUAAGCACGUUGUUAUUUGAAUGGAAACGCUUGAGCUAGUACAAAAUGGACAAACGUUUUAAUCGGAUCAAAAUACAAAACGAAUCGAAUCGAUAUUCUUCCAAUUUCCGAGAGAAAAAAAAAUCGAAUUAUUAAUUUAAAUCGCUUUCGAAACAAGAAUUCAUUUCAAUCGAAUGCACACCAGACGGCAAGCAUCAUAUCUCAUCUCGCUGCCUGUGAUCUCAAGAAUCAAUAGAAAAUUUGAUAACGAUAAAAACUCGCGUCGAUUAGUUUAGUAUUCAUUCUAAAUGUUGUUCAAAUAAACAAAUUCUUUGAAAAUUCAUACAGGGUGACAUAGAGUACAGACACAUUUAAACGCAACAUCAUAUAAUAUAUGAGACUUGAAAAUAGACCUAAUUCUGGACAAAAAAAACACACACACACAUCUUCUUGCGAUUCAAUCCCCACACAAAUUACUGUGGUCCGAUCACCUAAGGUACGAAAAAUCACGCGAACAUCGUUUUUGUUUUUCAAUCUUCAUUCAUGUGCGACUGUUUACAAUUCAUUUCAUUUUGGCAAUAACACAUUUUCGUCAAUUAUUUCGCGCACGAAUUACGUGUGAGCCGAGUCAUAGUUUGUCACCGGUGACGGUGAAGGUGACACAAACACGCAAACACAUCUACACUUCACAUCUUUGAUACAAUAGCAAGCAUUGUGUUUCUACUUCAGCACACAUCAAAAUAAAUAAAUCAAUACUUUACAUGAGCCCAUCACAUCUGAUGAGAACGGCAGACCAUUUUUCUAUCUAGAUAGAUAGUAUCUAUACAAAUGAUAUGCUUAUUGUGCGGUUACAUAAUUUUGUCAGUUUAUUCAAUUGCUUCAGCCGAUAAUCAUCUGUUCGCUAAUUAAAGAAAGAAAUUAAUACAUGUCACAUAGCUUUACAGCGACAAAUUCGGACAUACAAAACGUCUUACAUAUAGAAAUUGCUUAUCGUGUUUUAUGCCACAGUUUCAAUUACGAUCAAAUCGGAUGUACUGUAUCACACAGGCAUUUCCUCAGUUCGUUUUGGAUUGAAUGUUAUAAUUUUUUUAUAUAAGAUUGAAAAUGAAUUGAAAUAGAAACAUGUCAAAGGGUUUUUGUUUCGUGAUGAUUGUACAUUGUGACAUUGUAAAUAGCUCCCCCUCUAUUUUCUCCCCCGGUGCAACCAAAAAGCAAUGACAUUUUCUAUGGUGGUAGUUUUACAUUGCGGCUUCUGAGGCCACAUUGCACAAUUUUUAUGAAAAAAAAUUAAGAAAAACUAAACAAAAUUGGAAAGAUCCGUCUGAAACGACAAUAUUGAAAGAGAGCCAAAAAAAAAAUUACGAUUCAGUUAGCAUCACCAGCAUCGGUGAUGAUCUGAAAUAUUCGAUGCAAUUUAUUUUAAAAGAACAUAAAAUUUGGCUUCUUACUUCAUUAAUUGUACUCGCCAUAUUCUAUUUAGAUGUAUAUGCAUUCAAUCAGAAAAUAUAAUUAAUUUAAAAUCAAUGUUCAAUGGGUUUGUUUGUAUUACAUUUUUCUUUUUGAAAACACCAGAAAUAAAUGUAUAACCGCUUAUCACCACCAGUCAAGAUUUGAAUCUGCAAUCGUUUCGCUCGAAACACGAAACAACAAAAUAAAUAUAUAUAAAUAGCUAUAGAAUUGUGAACAACCGACAAAACAAAUACGCCAUUGUACCUGUUUAACAAAAAUGAGACAAACAAACAACACAUACAUAAUUGCAUGUAAAUUCACGUAAUAAUUAAAGCAGAAAAAAUAAAUAAACAAAACUCAAGUGAGUAACAGUUCGUUAUGAAGUAUACAUUGAGAAAAUACACUUUGAACUAUCUACAUUUACGCUGAGAAAUAUAAGUAUUAGUUUAAGAUAGAAUGGAGAUGACUAAAAAAAUCUAAACUCGUGCAAAUCAACUUCUAAAAUUGGAUGAUGUAUGUUUUGAGUUUGGAAAAUGGAGAAAAUUGAGAAUAGACAAAUGGAGAUAUUGAUUUAUUAAUCAAGGGGGAGCACAUUAAAUAACACGAAACAAAUUUCAUUUCCAUGUAUUUCACAAUUGAAUUUUCUUUCUUUCGAUUCUCGACAGAUUAUUCAAUUCGGAUAUAUAACAAGCAUAGACAAUUCUCACUUUAUUUGUAUUUCUUUCUGAAUGAAAAGUGACAAGAUAUUUAUUUUUGGAGUUGUACGAAAGUAAUGAUCCAAAUAUAAGGUCGAUUUGUUCCGUCAACAAAGUAUGUGUCUUGUUGUUUUCCGAAAAAGACAUAUGAAUAAACCAAGUCUUAAGUCAGAAUCGAUGUUUUAUAAAAUUUAAAUGUGAAUUUGCACAAUGAAAUGGGUAAACGUCGUUAUUCAGACGACUAAGAAGUCAACAAUUUGCACACAUAGAAAAUGCAAAAAUUGGCUUAUAAUAUGAAAAAUCUGUAACGGUUUUAUUUUUGUAGACCACUUGAAUAAUUAGUGAAUGGAUUCCAAGUGACGUGAAUUUGAUUGAUAUUUUGUGUGAAUAUUCUCGUGCGCUAAAUAUGUAAACAAAAAUAGAAUCCGGCUGAAUAAAUAAUAUAUGUGUUGAUGAUGCGGUGCUGGAAAAUUUGAUUGAAAUAAAAUAUGUAUCAAAUCGUAUGAAAAACAAAUAAAUAAAAAUAAUAAAUAAAUAAAAUCGUUUAAUGGCAACUGGAAAAUGUUAAAUAGCUCAGGGAAUGCUUUAAGAAAUACAAACAAAAAAACUACACUAUUUCGAGAAGUUUGAGGUGAUAGUUUAAUCGCGUGAAUUAUUUGAAUAAUUUGAUUGUUGAAAACCAGCAUUAAAAAAACGGCAACAAGUUGAUGACAUAUUUUAGAUGCAUUGUAAAAAUCCAACGGAAAAUGGAUAACAAAAGCAAAUAACAUACAAAAAAAGCGCUUUAAUCGUUUUUCUUCUGUGAAAUAUUUUGAUGUGUAUAACAAAAAAAAAACACAAAAUAUAUACAUAAGCGAUAAGAGAAGUAAAUGAAGAUUGAAAGUAUAGAAAUAAAUCAGUAACCAAACGAUUAUUUAUGAGCUUUAUGAAAAAUUCAAAGGAGAGCUAUUCAAGUAUAUUGAUAAAAAAGUUCACAUACACACACAUGCACACAAUUAUUCUGUGGAUAGUACAAAACCGAAAGAAACAUCAAUGAAUUUAUGUAAAUUAUAAAUUUUAAGUAAAACCGGCGCAUAUUUCCUGUGUAUCGCGAACCAAAUAACAAUUGACAUAAGAUGCUGAACAAAGAAAUUAAAUGCUUAAAUACAAAAUCGAUGCAAACAAA